CUCUUCUCAUCACAGCCUGUCAUAACCUAAAUUAUUGUUACAUUUUUAAAUCUGAGCUUGUUUUGUUUCAUAGUGAAGGGUUGAAUGAAUGUUUAUUCUUGAUUGGUUAUUACAUGUGCUUAUAGAGAGAUAUAGAUAGAUAGAUAGAUAGAUAGAGAGAUAGACAGAUAGAUAGAAAGAGAUUUCUUAGCUUGUUGUCUAUGAGCUAUACUACUUUUUGAUCUCUCCUUUGUCUCAAACAAGAUUCAAGGAUAGUAAUUAUGACAGAAUAUACUGUUUCAACUACUCUUAAGGCUGAUUCAUGGCUUAAAAUGCUGGCAUGAAGGAGGAAGAUGUUCAAUGACCUUCUUCAUCAGAGAAAGCUGCAAUUUUGCUACUUCUUAUUACAGGCAUGGGAACCAAAGUUGAAUAUUCAGUAAAUCUUCUAGCAACAUCAUUAGACAGCAACAAGUUGAGAGUGGGUGGAGUGGAUGUCUGGGAGCAUUAUCAGAACAAAGUGCUGACCAAUUAUAACCUUCUCAUCAAGACUAUAAUCAGUUCCAAAGUGCAAGAUCCAAUAAUGGAUAGGAUGCUUGAAAGAAACAACAUUGAAUACAUCAAAAGGACAAUGCAGAUGCAUGAGGCCAUCUUCAAACAGCAGGUAAGAGAACUGCACAGGCUGUACAGUGUGCAAAAGAUGCUGAUGGAUGAGCUCAGAAAGGAAAUAAGACAACAGAAACUUCUGACUCCAUUAUUAAAUGGCAUAGAUGAAAGGCAUCCUCAUUUCAUUGAACAAAAACAACAUCUAGUGGCACAAGCCUCAUAUGGACUAGAUUUCCAUGUUCAUCAAAAUUUGAUGAGAGAGGAAGCUGCAGGCUCAAGUAGAGGUUUUGAUCUUGAAAGGCCUGCUUGUGAGGAAGAAGUAUUUAUGGGAGGUGAGGCAGGUCCUAGCAACUAUGGUGGUUGUGAUAAUGAAGAAAUGGAAGUGGAUUUGACACUAAGUAUAGGAGGUAGUAGUAGUAGUAGUAGCCAUGUUAAGAAACAUGAUCAUGUGGCUCAUUUAGCAUGCUCACAAGACUCAUCACCAAAUGGGAAAAGUAGAAUAGUAGAAGAAUGCAAUGACCCCACCACUCCUCUGAGCAGUACCACUGUGACAUUUACACAAACACAAGGAAGGAAUAAGGGACCACAUUGGCUUUCUCAAGGCUUAAAUUAAAGAUUCAAUACCAGUUUCAUAUAUAUAUAUAUAUAUAUAACUCAUCAUCAUUUGUUUGUAUCAUGUUUAACUCUACAUGGACCACAACAAAUUUGUGUGGUUCAUUCAUUCAGAUAUUCCUAGCAGAUAAUUAAUUAGUUUCUACUU